AGGAGGAGGCAGCCAGAGAGGCCUCCACUGUUCUCUGCAGCAGAAGACCCCCUGCUGCCAGGCACUCCUCCACAGCCCUACCCUUGCCACUGAGAAAUGACAGUGGAUUUUGGUCUAGAAUGGAAGAACAUAAUUCUUGUGGAAAUUUGGUGAGCGACCUCAACCUAAACGGCUCACUAGAGAAGCAAUGAGAAAUUAUUUAAAAGAGCGUGGUGAUCAAACAGUCCUAAUCCUUCAUGCAAAAGUUGCACAGAAAUCCUAUGGAAAUGAAAAGAGGUUUUUUUGCCCCCCUCCAUGUGUCUAUCUUAUGGGUAGUGGGUGGAAGAAGAAAAAAGAACAGAUGGAACGGGACGGUUGCUCUGAACAAGAGUCCCAACCAUGCGCCUUUAUUGGGAUAGGAAAUAGUGACCAAGAAAUGCAGCAAUUAAACCUAGAAGGAAAGAACUAUUGCACAGCUAAAACCUUGUACAUAUCUGAUUCUGACAAGCGAAAGCACUUCAUGUUAUCAGUAAAAAUGUUCUAUGGCAAUAGCGACGAUAUUGGUGUGUUCCUCAGUAAACGGAUCAAAGUAAUCUCCAAACCUUCUAAAAAGAAACAGUCACUGAAAAACGCAGACUUAUGCAUUGCAUCGGGAACAAAAGUGGCACUAUUUAACAGACUUCGGUCGCAAACAGUCAGCACCAGAUAUUUGCAUGUAGAAGGAGGAAACUUCCAUGCCAGCUCACAACAAUGGGGAGCAUUUUACAUUCAUCUCUUGGAUGAUGAUGAAUCAGAAGGAGAAGAAUUUACAGUUCGAGAUGGCUACAUUCAUUAUGGACAGACUGUCAAACUCGUUUGUUCAGUUACUGGCAUGGCACUCCCAAGAUUGAUAAUUCGGAAAGUGGACAAACAGACAGCGUUAUUAGAUGCAGAUGAUCCGGUAUCACAGCUCCAUAAAUGUGCGUUCUACCUUAAAGAUACUGAACGAAUGUACUUGUGCCUUUCCCAAGAGAGAAUUAUCCAGUUUCAAGCCACUCCAUGCCCUAAAGAACCAAAUAAAGAAAUGAUUAAUGAUGGAGCUUCAUGGACAAUCAUUAGCACAGAUAAGGCAGAAUAUACAUUUUACGAGGGAAUGGGACCGGUCCACGCUCCGGUAACACCUGUGCCUGUUGUGGAAAGUCUUCAAUUGAAUGGUGGCGGGGAUGUAGCAAUGCUGGAAUUAACUGGGCAGAACUUCACUCCAAAUUUGCGCGUCUGGUUUGGGGAUGUGGAAGCUGAAACGAUGUACAGAUGUGCAGAGAGCAUGCUGUGUGUUGUUCCUGAUAUUUCUGCGUUCCGGGAAGGCUGGAGGUGGGUUCGCCAGCCAGUCCAGGUUCCAGUAACGUUGGUCCGCAAUGACGGUAUAAUCUACUCUACCAGCCUUACGUUUACAUACACACCAGAGCCUGGGCCCCGGCCCCACUGCAGUGCUGCUGGAGCAAUCCUCAGAGCCAAUUCAAGCCUCUUGGCAUCCAGUGAAACAAAUGCUAACAGUGAGGGGAGUUACACAAACGUCAGCACAAACCCAACCAAUGUCACAUCAGCAGCAGCAACGGUAGUUUCCUAACCACUGCUCUUUGUAUGGAACUGCUUACAAACUGACUCUCAAGUGCUUCAAAUAACAAAACUGAAGAACUUUUGUGGUUUCAUGGGAAAAACACAUCUUCACUACUCUUUGAACCUUUAUCACCUACAAGUGCUGAUCUCAAUAGAAGCCACAAUAAAAAAAGAAUUGAAAUGGGGUGGGGGGGACCCCUUUAUUCAAAAUCUAUUUUUAGCUGUCUCCUUAAAAUGGACACUGAAUAAAACAAACAAAAAUGUGGCUGGGAUACAAGUUGAACUAGAAAACAUGGACAUAGCAUAGUUUUUAUGGACCAAGGAACGCUUUAGUAUAAAAGGUACAUUUUCACCAUACCUUUUUGUAUCACAACAUAUAGUACGCUUUUGUUACCAAAUAGUUUAUAUAUUAUUAUUUUUUCCUCUGAGCAUUUGCUCUGAAGUAUAUUCAGGUUCCAAGCCUGACCAUGCUUGUAUAAUCUAAUCUAAUUACCAUACUCUUCCAGUUUUUUUAAAUAUAUAUAUAUAUAAAAAUAUAUAUAUUUUUGGUCUGUGGCUGGAACUGUUGCAUUUUUUUUAAACUGAAGUCUUGUGACUUUUUAUGAACUGAAAUUUUUGUUUUUGUUUUCAGCAAGUAGAACCUUGUAAAGGCCAGCAUAUUUUUUUUUAAAGAUUAUAUGAAGUUUGUGCAAAAGCUUUAAAAAUGCCUCUGCCUUGCCUGCAGUACAUGCAAUGUAUGUUAACUAGAGCUCCUUAUUUGGUCAUUGUGGAUAGUUCUUUCUAUAUGUUCCUUUAAAAAUGUAUUUAUAGUGUUGAUUCAUGAGUUUAACAUUACAAAUGUGGCCCCUUGUGCAGUUAUUCUAACUGCUUACGUUAUUUGGUAUAUGUUGGUGUUUUUAAAGGGUUCCUCCCUUCAUUUUGCUGUCAAUACAUGCAUCAGAAAAUAUGUUCAGGAUUUCUUCAGGUUGGCUUUUGUAUUUUAUUUUAUUUUUUUUGCUAAUCUUGUACAUAAUUUGCUAUUAUGUGUAAGUUAAAUGUGGUGGGGUUUUUUAAGUGGACUGUUCCCAAUAACUUCACUUGGCAGCAUAUUUUCUGUCUCAUCGGCACAUGAUGACAUUUUUUCCAAAACAGCCACAAGCAGGAUUGAUAGGAGCAUCCCUACAUUAAGAAUUGGGAGCUCCACAAACUACUAUGACUUUCCUCAGGCAUUAGGCCAAUUGCUGAACUAAUCUUUGUAUGAUACUUUUUCUUUGAGUGUGAAGUGAUUGUACAGUUAAAUGAUAGUACUUAGAAAAGGGUGGUCGCAAAAGCUCUGAUGUGGAUGACUUUUCUCCCUCUAUCUCUUCCCUGCCAACAACCUAGUGCAGUGUUCAGAUCUUCUCCCAAUUGCACAUUAACCGAGGGCCGAAUUUUACACCACUGCUGUUCUCUCCUCUGCAAAGUAACAUUUGAUACAUUAUAGAAAGUUCCAUAGGGUUUUUGUGAAUGGUUCUAAUAUGGACUGGCCAGGAUCUAAAGACUGGGCAUGCACACAGAGUAUUUCUGUGCAUGCAUGGGGAGGCAGUUGAGGUUUUUUCCCCUCUCUCUUCCAGCUGCAGUGUCUCAUGUUACUGAAUGGUAGUGAGGAGGGUUUCCAGCCUUCAGGAGAAACUGUAAAGGAGUACACAAGUUGUUGUCUGAAGGAGGGUGUGAAAAGCCCCACUGUAUGUGUUGCCUUUUGGAUUCUGGUCAGUAGUUUUCUCUGCCAUUAUAUGUCUGUGAAGUCUGGUAGUCAGGUUUAUUGGCUGGUGAGAUGGUAGAGAAGACAAAUGCAGAUUGGACCAAGUCACAAGAUUGUCCCUCCAAGUGGGUGUUGCCAUGGGGUUGAUUGCCAAACCCCACUAGCAGAAAAGGAAAAAGUCAUUAUAUUAAUUUACGCCUUGAGUUGCACUAGAUGGAUAUAAGUGGAAUUUUUAUUUGGAACUUACUCUGUCUUAUUCUCUCCCCCCCCCCCGCGCCAUGUGUGUGUGUGGGCGAUUUGAUUUUUAGAAUUAUAAAUCUCCAAUGCAUUUGCAAGCAUAGAACUAUCAAUAAAUUAAACAGGAUACAGUCUCAAUAUGCAAUCCUCCUCCCUCUUCUGCAAAGGAGAAACACUGCAUUCUGUGUGAACCUUCACUGCCCUAUAAACAAGAGGCAGGAGUUCAGUGACUAGUGUAAACCCAUGUCUUCUUGCAGGGAAGCAUUUGACUUCAUAAGCGACAUCAGUGGGUUCCAUUAGCCUCCUCAGUCUUCAGGUGUCAUCAGCAGCACUGUUGUGGAGAUUGCUUGUCUUUACUAGGUGUUUCCCCCCAUCAGAAAAUUUUAUGGUUAAAGAUGACUCUAAACCUAUAGUUAAAUCAAUACCACUGUCUUAAAAUGUAUUCCACCGUAGGCCUUCCUAUGUGCUGUGCUGUGUGUCUCCCCCCCCCCCCAUAAUGUUAUUGCAAACCGCUGGUUCUUAAUAUUAGCCAACUACUGCCUCUCCUCAUCUCUCUUCAGUGACCAAGGGCAGGAUUCAUUGUGGCCUUAUCUCUGGUUUAAGCUGUUUACUGGCAUUUACUUGCAAGCCUGUAUACUUGUCUGUCUUUAACUUUCUCCCUAUUAUUCUGUGGCAGAAAUUGCCUCACCACGUAUGUUUAAAGAUUUAUGGCGUAUUACGCAGUACUGAUUAACUUGUGGACUACAGGCCUUUUGUUGACUACCUUUGGGAUUAAAAGGCAACAAUGUUUGGGGUUUUCAGUAAUAUCAGAACAAAUCAUCACAUACACAGUUGAUUUAAAACAAUCAUUACAAGUCUGUUAAUUUUCAUAGAAUAUUUUAGCAAACUUUUCAGGUCCCUGCAGGCGUACUUCACAACGCCUGUAUUGGCACUUCUGCAUAUAGCUGCAUUUAACUCAUCUUUGUUUUCUUGCCCAAUGGCACAUAUUCAGUAUUUGCAUCUUUUAAGGAAUCUAGCCAAUAACAUUUAUCUACUUUUGCCUUUCUCUACACUACAGGAUAGUGAACAAGAGGUUGGGAGAGGAGAAUAAAUUCAGUUUUCAGCAAUAUCUUUAAGAUUAGUAUGCUUGGCUUUUGUAGCUUGGUGACGGGGGCAGGGCGGAGGGGAACUAGUAGUUCUGUUGUCUUCACUAGGAAAAUUAAUACAUUGGAAAUAGUCUUCCGGAGUCUUCUCACUCUGAGAGGUGUUUAGUUGGAAUAAUAUUACUUUCCUAAUCGUUUUCACUAUCUGCUACAUUUUCAUUCAUAGGGAGUACUUCCCAUAACAGAAGCCCAACGUGCUAAAUCUGCCUGCUAAUGUUGCAUUCCUUCACACAGUAACUUGUGCUUUACUUCUAAAGAAAGUUAAGCUGUAGUUCUCAUAUUGCUUGCUUCUGGAAUAUACCUACUGACCUCAGUGAGGUUACUUAGAAUAAUCAGUCAGAGAAUUGCAGUUUACUUUCCUUCAGCAUCAGGGCUAGCAGAUGGUAAGAAUGUUCCAAUGUAGCCUUUAAAACUUGUUUAGGGUUCUGUUCUCCAAUCUCCAGAAUAAGGAUUUUCCUAGACUCUGUACCACCUAAGGCUGUAGCUGGGAGGGAUCCUUUUCAUAAGGGGGCAUCAAGCAUACAAAGCCUCCCACCUGCAGAGUUAACAGUCCAGGAAAAGCUUUUACCUCUUUGUUCUGCUGAUUUCUGUAACUUGGUUCUUAUCUUGCUGGGGCGAGAAGGGAGGAUAUGUCACAUUUUGAGUUGGUUCAGAAUGUGUGUUUCAACUGCUCUCCUAAUAAUCUGAGGUAGCAAGUAGUAUGCUCUGAUUGGGGACAGUAGUUCAAAAUUCUGAACUGAUACUGCAUAUUAAGCCACUUCUAAACUUUCCAGUUCAUAAUAUCUUCUGAAGUUGAGUCUCAAGGGAUCAUAUAGGUUGUCUGGAAAUCACCCAAUACAUCUCGGUAAAUAGAAUGUACUUCUGACACCAGUGCAAUCCCGUUUCAGACCAAAUAGUUUCUUAGUGGCUUCCAUUCUGGAACAAAGUGCUUACUUCAGUUAUUCAUCAUGCCAUUUACUAUCUCUUUCUUUAAAAAGCAGCUGUGUUUAUGAUGAAUACAGAGUGUCCCUAACUUCCUGUGCUAGAUGUUUUAACUUUUUUCAAACACUGUAAAUGUGGGAUUGAGUGGCAGCUUUGUUUUAGAAACGGUGAUCUCUCUAACCCUUUCAGGACUGAAGCUUUUCUCCCUUGUUGCAACUACAGUGCCAAGUAACUGCCCUAGCAUUGUGAAUACUUUUCUACGUGCGGUUUAUACUUGGCUUUAGAUCAUACUAAUCUGUAUUGUACUGAGCCUCUGGCAGGUAAGUCUCACCACACACAGUGUAUCAGUCCGGGAGAAGAGAGAGUUGGUUACAGGCUGAUCCUUUGCAUGCGUACUUAGCAGCAAGUCCCAUUGAGUUAAACGAGGUUUUCUUCCACUGUGCCUAGGAAUGUGAACCUUGGUUGCCUCAUGCAAUCUUUCAGGAGAAAGAGAGAGUGGUACCUCCCCUUUCCAGCUCUCAAGAGGUUGCAACUACCUUUUUUGUAAAGAAGCCUCUUUCUCUGGCAGUUUCUUUGUAAUGGCUGAGAACCAGAUUGACUGGGAGGGGGCAUCAUGGUAACUUCUCCCUCAGAGUGCAAGACUGUGAACGUAAGCAAUUUAGCUGGCAAACAUAAUGGGUGUGAAGUCAAUGGGACUUUCUUCUAAAUAAACUUGCCUAAUAGACGUGUUGAUGUGGUGGGAAAUUAAUUAAACAUUGGCAACAGGCCUCUAGUUAUAGUUAGGUUUUUUUGUGAGCGAGUAUAUAUGUACUUUCAGUCCUCAAAGGGUUAUGUUUUUCAAACCGUGCGCCUGUAAAGUUUCAUAGCAAUAAAAUAGACUGAGCAAGUCAUUACCAUAACUUUGUAGGAAAAUGAAUCUGCUCAGCUCCAUAUUUCUUUUUAAAAAAAUCUUCAAUAUGAGCAGUUUCCAGGAAUAAAUAAAGGUGAAAUGUAAACCACAUUGACUGUGUUGUCACGUGUACUGUCUGUAACUAGUGCAUUCAAUAUUUGAUUUUAAAACAUUCACUGAAGUUUGUCAAGAUUAAAUUAAAUGUCCUGUUACUCUUCAUGUGACUAAUUCAUCCAAAAAUCUGUGUGGUGCUGAGUUAUGAUCACAAAUGUUGACAUUUUGAUGCACUUCUGCAUAUGAAGAGUCAGUUGAAUUUUUUCCAUCAGGGGACAGUAAGGUCAUCUGUGCAACCAGAAGAGCAGAACAAGCCCAUGCAAGAAAUCAACAGUAACUGUGAGGAUGGGCAUGCUGGACUCCACAUGAACUGGAUACAGAAUCUUCUACUGCAACUUGUAAAAAUCACAAAAAAGUUAGACGAUACUGUUUUUUAUUCCAAUAUUGUAAAUAUGAACUAGUUCACUUUUUGAUAUUAUUUAUUAAAUAAGGAAAAAUGAA